AUGACUUCCAGAUUUCAUACAAUUCUACGUGAAUUGAUUCACAAGAAAUCAAAAAAUAUAUCACAAGCAACAAGAAGAAAGUCCCACUGCGAUCGUCAAGUAAUCAGUACUGAAACAUGUCCGCGAUCGACCAGUGUAUUAGAUGCCAACUUGCCUACAGUUCCAUUAUCAACUAAGGUUGAAAUUGGACAUGUUAACCAGGAGAUAAAACACUCAUUAAAAUCGAAGCUUACCGUUGCCGUUAAUAGAAAACCGAGUAUCUCAAAAGACACCGGCACUAUACAUUUGAAAAGCCUUUUGAAGAGCAUUAAUGGAAAUGCUCCACUUAGCAAGUCAGGGACGUAUUUAACUGGGAUUAGCAGGACUACUUCCAAGAUUUCGCAAUGA